AUGCAGGGGGCCGAGCUCCGGGACGGCGAGGCGGCGGCGGCGGCGGCGGCAGCAGCGGCGGCCUCGUACCGAGUCCUGAGCCGCCUGCUGGGCUACGGAGAGGCGGCCUCGGAGCCGGCCCCGCCGCCGCUGCCGCUGCCGCCGCCGGCUCCAGGCCAUGGACCCCAUCCAUUGCCCCCGGCCCAGAGCCCGGUCCCGCCGCCGCCGCCGCCGCCCUUCCUGCCGAGGCCGGGGCCCCGGAAUUCCCGGCCGCCGCAGCUGAUGGUGUUCCGCAACGUAGGGCGGCCGCCGGAGGAGGAGGAGGAGGAGGCGGCGGCGGGACCUGGGCCAGGGCCCUCGGAGCUGCUGUGCCCCCGGCACCGUUGCACCUUGGACCCCAAGGCCCUGCCGCCGGGGCUGGGGUUGGGGCUGGGCCUGGGGCUGGGGUUGGAGCGGGGCUGGGGCCCGGCGGCGGCGGCGGCGGCGGCCGCGGGGCUGGAGGCCCACCUGGCAGCGCUGGGUCUGGGGCCGGCAGGCAAGGGCCCGGGGCCCGCCGGGGGCAGCUGCCCGUGCGCCCCGCAGCCGCCCGCGCCGCAGCCCCCACCGCCUGCCGCGGCUCCGCUGGCCGGAGAGGACCCCACGGAGACGAGCGACGCGCUGUUAGUGCUGGAGGCGCUGGAGUCGGAGGCCGAGAGCCUGGAGACCAACAGCUGCUCCGAGGAGGAGCUCAGCCCCGGUCGGGGGGCGGGCGGAGGAGGGGGCGGCGGCGGCAGAUUCGCGUCUCUGCAGCCCCUGGCCCCGGAGCUGCCGCCCGCGCCCUUCCCGCUGCAGGACUUGGUGCCCCCGGGGCGGCCCUCCAGAGUGGAGCCCCCGCCGCCCCCGCAGCAGCAGCCCUCGGCGCCCCUCCGGCCGCCGCUGGGCACCUCUCGCAAGGGCUCGCUCAGAAUCCGCCUCAGUCGUCUAUUCCGCACGAAGAGUUGUAACGGGGCCUCUGCCAGCGGGGAUGCGGCGGGCAAGAGGCCUCCGGGGGAGCUGGCUGCCUCUUCUGUGAGUCUGACCGACGUGGGAGGCUCCAGGGCCCGGGAGCCAGAGGCGGGGAGGAAACCCAGGUUGACAAGAACUCAAAGUGCCUUUUCUCCGGUCUCCUUCAGCCCCUUCUUCACAGGUGAAACGGUGUCACUUGUGGACGUGGACAUUUCUCAGCGAGGUCUAACCUCUCCACAUCCUCCAACUCCCCCUCCUCCUCCACGAAGAAGCCUCAGCCUCCUAGAUGAUAUCAGUGGGACGCUGCCUACAUCUGUCCUAGUGGCUCCGAUGGGGUCUUCCCUGCAGUCCUUUCCCUUGCCUCCACCUCCUCCGCCCCAUGCCCCAGAUGCAUUUCCCCGGAUUGUACCCAUCCGAGCUACUGAAUCCCUACAUAACCAACCCACCCAGCACCUUCAAUGUCCUCUCUACCGACCUGACUCUAGCAGCUUUGCAGCUAGCCUUCGGGAAUUGGAGAAGUGUGGUUGGUAUUGGGGGCCUAUGAAUUGGGAAGAUGCUGAAAUGAAACUGAAGGGGAAGCCAGAUGGUUCCUUCCUGGUACGGGACAGCUCUGAUCCCCGAUAUAUCCUGAGCCUCAGCUUCCGAUCCCAGGGUAUCACACACCAUACCAGAAUGGAGCACUACAGAGGAACUUUCAGCCUCUGGUGUCACCCAAAGUUUGAGGACCGUUGCCAGUCAGUGGUGGAAUUUAUCAAGAGGGCCAUAAUGCACUCCAAGAAUGGGAAGUUUCUCUAUUUCUUAAGGUCAAGGGUUCCAGGACUCCCACCAACUCCAGUUCAGCUUCUCUAUCCUGUGUCCAGAUUCAGCAAUGUCAAAUCUCUCCAGCAUCUUUGCCGCUUUCGGAUCCGACAGCUUGUCCGGAUAGAUCACAUCCCAGAUCUUCCUUUGCCGAAGCCUCUGAUCUCUUACAUCAGAAAAUUCUACUACUAUGAUCCUCAAGAAGAAGUAUACCUGUCCUUGAAGGAGGCGCAGCUCAUUUCAAGACAGAAGCCAGAGGUGGAGCCCUCCACGUAGCGAGGGGCCCUAUGACAGUUAUGUGUUGCUGUCAGGUAUUUUGGUGGCCAAGCUCCAGUUGCAAAGAACCAAAUGAAGCUACGUGGUUGAUAAGGGAAGUGAAGAGCAAAAGGGAAGGAGGAACAGUUAAGACUUUCUGUACAAAAUGUUUGAUUCCCACAUAAGGCACAGAAGAAGCACACAACAGAGUUCUUGAGGUGGGAAUGCCAGCCGCCAGCUCUGCAUCCCUUGUUGGGAUCGUACUACUGGAUCAGCAAUGUGGAAAGGUGGAGAAAGUCUCAGUACUGUUUCUUUUUCAGAAGUUUUAUUUUUGAUAUUUCCAUUUUCAGUAUGGAAAACAUAGUCUUAAGAGCAGCUGGCGAUUGUGCCCGUUGGAUUUGAGGUGGGUUUGGGAAAGAGCUGCCCCAGUCAAUGAAAAGAAAGGGCUUACAAACAGACACUUUAACAUUAGCUAUGGUGCUCUGCAGUGGAGAAAACAUGUCAUAAGUAAUAGGGGCCUGAGGGAAGAUGGAAUGAGGGAUUUGGAGUUCCUUAAUUUAGAGCCUUUUGUGUGAAGUGCAGGCUCCUUGGAGGAGCUCAUGAAGAAAGCAGACGAUGUGGGACAAAACAUCAUGGGAAGGAAACUGACAAACGGGCAUAUUGUUUGCAGUGUGUUUGAAGUCUCUUCACACCUGUUUGAGGUCUGAGAUCUUGAAAUCGCAUGCCUCUGAUGUUUAGAAGCUUUUAAAAUUUGCUCUACCUAUUUCCUGAAAUCCACGACCUCAGGGUACUUCUGUUCUUCCUUCUAAACCAGGAAGAAAUAAAAAAACAUUUUACUCCUCC